AUGGAUGCUUCAAAGCUGGACUGUCUAAUACAAGACGUCAAAAACAACACGUAUUAUAUGAAAUUACUCCAUAUUCUAAGUUCGCAAUUGGAACUUCUCCUCUGGAAGGGCUUCCCGGAUCUUGACAAAUUUUAUACCGAUCUACAGGAAGAGGAUUUACUUGCAGAUAAUGAGCUAGAAGAGCUACAAAGUACCUUUUUUAUGCAGCAUGGAAACCUACUGCAUAAUAAAGUCAGCACGGCAGUGGAUAACUUGAUUAAGAGGAUUCGAAGCAGUAUUCUGGCCGGGUCCAAGCCUGGCUACGACGGUUUUACUGUGAGCGGAAGUGUGGAGUUGUCAUGCGAUGUGUUCCAGCGAUUUCAUCCAGGCAAGUGGCUAGAUGCCUGGGCUAUCUUGGCAGCUAUGCACAUAUCGGAUAAACCAGCAAAUGUCACAUACAAUAUGAGCAUUCCUUUGGAUGAGGAUAAGAACAACCAGGUUCAGCAGAUUGAGAAACCAUUGUCACGAUGGGCAAAGAAGAUCGAGAAGCACAAACAGACUUUAGGCCCAGCGCCUCUGGUUCAUUUUUGUCCAAUAAACCAUCGGAAAAACCACUUUACCCUACUGGAACUUAAUGAGAAGGAGGAGAUCAUACGUCACUACGACUCUAUGGCAAAACCAGAUCCUGCCAAAGCCAUCAAGGAGACCCGUCUCUCAAAACUGGUCCAAGAGGAAUUCGGCAGCCUAGGAUUCUCGUUUCUAGAGGCAGUGAGUUAUAAAGCCUUUUUUCUAAUUUGCUUAUAG